GCCUCCUGGGGACCCAAAGGGGGAGUAGGGGUGUCUUGGCGGGGUAAGUGAAGGUUUUGAGGCUGUAUUUAUGCAAGGCAGGCUGAGGCAGAAACCUAGCAUAGGGAGAUAAAGGCAUUGGGGCAGGGUGGAGAGCAGUUGGGGAUGGGGGUGACCUGGUCCCAUGUAAGACCAUUGGUGCGUGGGUACAGUAAAGGGAUGGGGAGAGUAGAGGUUGGCUAAUGGUAUGUAAUGGGCUGGCCUAUGUAAGAGUGCCUGGGAAUAGGAAUAGAGAGGUGGAGGGAUGGCAGAGUGUAGAGGGGUCAAAGCCAGAUAGGUGGAAGACUCUGGGGCUUGAGGUUGGAGUAGGGAGAGGGAGUAGAGAGCAGGUGUGGGGAGAGUGGUGGGCCAGUGGCGAUGGGGGUAAUGGGAAUCCCUUUUGAGAGAAGAUACUCAUGGGCCAGGGCCUAAAUGGGGAUUAGUGCAUUGUAAAUCCUUACAAUGGGGAGAAAAUUUCUCUGGGGACUAAUAAAUGAAUGGAUUACCCUGGUGCAUCGCUAUAAGAUGCAGUUGAAGUUACUGCCAUGUGCUUUGGGCUUUCUGAUUGGUCUGCAGAGAACCUUGGCAGGGCAUGGUGGGAGAGGGUGUUGCUCUAGUUUUCUCCAGCCAGGAGAAGCCUGCAACAAACAUUUAAAUACAUCUCGUUUCACAGUGCAGAGCUUUGGCCUCAAAUUAGGGUGAAUAAGCUGCUCAAAGAUAAAUGCAGAAUGUAGAAAUGUUUGUUCCGGGGGCACCUGGGUAGCUCAGUCAGUUAAGCCACUGACUGGAUCUCAUCUCAGGUCUUGAUAUCCGGGUUGUGAGUUCAAUCCCCUGUGUUGGGCUCUAUGCUGGGCAUGGGGCCUACAAAAAAGAGAAAAGAAGUGUUGGUUCUGAGUUUUGGUGUUCUUUAAAGAGUAUAUUUUUGUUUUGACUGUAGACAUGGACAUGUCAGAAGAAGCAGCUGGCCAAUCUAAGAUCCAGGAUGAUGAUUGUUGCAUUCUUACUGUGGACUCAAGCAGUGAUGAAGAGUUUGAGCCCUUUGGAACCAAAAAGAAGGAGCAGAAAAGGAACUUUAGCUAUGUGGUGAUUGACUCUGACUCUGAAGACGAAUACUUCAGUAAUAAUGUCAGAGCUCACAUAUCUGACAUCAGCAGCGAAGAUGAGAUUCUGGAUGUGUUAUCAGACACUGAGGAGCACCCUGCCACCAAGGAGCCACCAAUAGUUAUUACUGAUGAUGACAGUGAUUUUGAGGGCCCUGUGCUUAUAAUAGAUGAGGAUUCGUGUGAUCAGGGCCAAACUGCCUCAGAGGAAAAAGAGAUGGAGGUCUUCAAUGUCUCCCAAAGUGGUUCCUCUCAUGAUGCUGGGGAGCUGAAUCUUGGUGAAAAUCUGGGCCAGCCACCACGAGGUGCCGAAGCCGAGGUGGAGAUUGCAGAUGACAAGCCGGCACCUGUGGUGGAGCAGCCACGGAAGAGGAAGAGUAAGACCAAGAAUAUAUGUGUGACACCUGCUGUGAGAGUCUCCAAAAGACGUGCGCCUACCAAGAAGAAGCCCGGUGCAGGGAAAAUUGAAAAACGCACGCCUGGGAAAGCAACGUGCAAAAUACCUGGAUGUUUCCUGCGUGACCUGGAAAACGCGAAGCAGUAUUCCGGAAGGAAAUUCAAGCAAAAUAAGGAUAGCCUGGUUCAGAAAAUCUACACCCUGUUUAACAGCUCGGUGUUUAAUAAAAAGCUACCAGAGAAAAUUGAUAUUGGCUGGAAUAAAAAGAUGCUGAGGACCGCUGGCUUAUGCACCACGGGUGAGACCCGUUACCCUAAGAAGCAGCGUUAUGCGAAGAUCGAGAUUUCCCUGAAAGUCUGCGACUCCGCAGACCGUCUCCGGGACACUUUGAUCCAUGAGAUAUGCCACGCAGCCUCGUGGUUGCUUGACGGCAUCCGUGACUCUCAUGGGGACGCAUGGAAAUAUUACGCCAAGAAAUCGAACAUGGUGCACCCGGAGCUGCCCAUGGUCACCCGCUGUCAUAACUAUAAGAUUAACUACAGGAUCCAUUAUGAAUGUACUCGGUGCAAAACCAGGGUUGGCCGCUAUACCAGAUCCUUGAACACCGAUCGCUUUAUCUGUGCCAAGUGCAAGGGGCCUCUGGUCAUGUUGCCGCUAACUCGCAAGGAUGGAACCCCCAUUGCGCCCCAUGUGAGGCCCUUUGCUAAGUAUGUGCAGGAGAAUUAUAGAACGAUUAAGCAUGAGACGGAAGGGAUAAGCCACGGGGAUGUGAUGAGACGGCUGAGCAAGGAUUAUGCCGAUAAGCGAAGGCAGGAUCGUUGAGGUUAUCUGGGGGCGUAUUUCUGUGGGCUGAGCCCCCCUUAACUGCUGAGAAGUUUUAGAAAAAUAUCUGUUUCUGAUAAGUGAUGAAUAUUAGGAAUAUUAGGAUUUAAACCAUUUCUUUAUAGCCUCAUAGAGUUAACGAUGAUUGUUCUUAGGCAAGGAUUCUGCUACUAAGCAAUUUUGUGCCCUUGAGGUACUCAUAAGCCCUUUGGAUCAGAUCCACUCUGGGUAUUACUCUUAACAUAGUUUCAACAUGUAGAACACAAUUCAGACACAAACUGCAUUUUCAAGAGGGGCAGGUGGAGAUAAGAAGGAUGCUGGAGGUGAUCGAGUUUUAAAGGCCGCGCUCCAAGACCAGGGCUGCUGGCAGGUAGAACAUGUUAUACUUAAAUAGACAUAAAAGACAAGCAUAUUUCAUGAAUUUAGUUGCUCUUGACAUUGAAUAAGCCUGUGCUGAGCCAAUGUAAUUGUUAUUAAGACAAAAAAAAUAAUAAAAUGUUUUCUGAAAUUUGCUUGUUAAAUGGGGUCAGUUCAUUGACACCCCGUGCCUAGCGCAGAACCAACCCUCAGGUCCUUCAUCCAAGACCCUGAAAUCAAGGGGUGGGCAGGGCUGUGUUUCUCUCUCUGGAUGCCCUGGGGUUUGGGGAUCCAUUUCCUCAUCUUGUCCAAUUUCUAGAGGUCACCAGCAUUCUUUGGUUUGUGGCCCCCUUCCAUCCUUCAAGCCAGCAACAUCUGUCUCUCUCUUCUCUCUCUCUCUCUCUCUCUCCAUCACUCUCCCCCACCCUCUCCCUCCUUCUGCUCCUUUUCUUUCACUUUUAAGGACCCUUGUGAAGCCACUGGGCCCACCUGGAUAAUCCAAGAGAAUCUUAUUUUAAGGGCAGCUUAUCAGCAACCUUUUUGCCAUGUAAGGUAACCUAUUCAUGAGUUCUGGGGAUUUGAGGGCAGACAUCUUGGGGGACCCACUGCUCAGCCUGCCACAAACCUCAUUACUAAUCUAGCAUCAUGGGACAUCAUUGAUAACCUUUUAUAGGGCAGGAUGUCUCAUUUUGUCCUUUUCCUUCCUU